AUGACUGGCCUCCCCGAGCUCACGAGGAAGAAGGAUGGCGUCGUCCACGGCGGGACGCACAAGGAGGCUUCGCUAAACAGUUACGAUGAGGAGGCUCUCAUCGAUCAGGCCGUCGAGCGCAGGAUAUUGAUGAAGCUUGAUCUUUGGAUUGUGACAGUAAUGACUUUGUUCUAUCUUCUGAGCUUCCUGGAUCGAUCGAAUAUUGGAAACGCCCGAGUCGCAGGAUUGCAAGCUGACCUGAAGCUGACCGACUUUCAGUACCAGCUGGCCAUCACUUUCACCUAUGUACCUUACGUGGUCGCCGAGUUGCCAUCAAACUUGCUUCUGAAGAUCGUCGGACCACAGAUCCUCCUGCCCACCAUCGUCACUAUCUGGGGUGUCAUUACCCUUUGUCAAGGAUUUUGUCACUCCCUCGGCGCUCUCAUCGCAUGUCGUGUAUUUCUUGGCUUCUUCGAAGGUUGCCUCCUCCCUGGCAUCAUGGUUUACACCGCGACCCUUGCAGGUGCCUUUGGUGGUCUUCUUGCUGCCGCUAUCCAGCAAAUGAAUGGCGACAAGGGCAUCAGAGGCUGGAGUUGGAUUUUCAUCAUUGAAGGCACUGUUACCGCUCUCAUCGGGAUUAUCUCGUACUUUACCCUGCCAGAAAGUCCCUCCGCGGCACGCUUCCUCACAGAACAGGAGAAGACUGUUCUUCUCGCUCGGUUGAGGGCAGAGACUCGCGCAGUCGGUUAUGAAGAGGAGCACUUCGACUGGAGCCAAGUUAAGCGUGCUUUGCUGCACACGCCCCAGCUCUGGAUCCUCGGCUUGGGUUUGUUUGGAAAUGGAAUGACUCUGUUUGUAUUGGCGUACUUCCUUCCAUCUAUUGUCGGGGCGUUCGGGUAUUCGUCGACGAAGACUCAAUCAAUGACCGUGCCGCCGUAUGCGGUCGCCUUUGUUGUGACGAUGACUGUGUCUUUCUUUUCCGAUCGGUACAGAGCCCGAGGGCCAGUCAUCAUCGGCAUGUCAGCUGUGGCCCUCAUUGGCUUCGGUUUGUUCUUCGCCAACCUGAACGUUAACGUAUCGUAUCUUGGUGUUUUCUUCGCUGUAACGGGCGUCUACUGCACUGCGUCGUCCUUCUGCACGUGGAUACCAAACAACUCUGGUCCUCAUUACAAGCGGGCCUCUCUUCUUGCCAUGUCUCUUAUCCUAACCAAUGUGGGAGGCAUUGCGAGUACGUGGCUAUUUCCUACGUCCGCCGCACCCAGGUACAGAGGCGGUAUCAUUGCCCACCUUGUAUGUGCUUCCGUGCCGCUGAUUUGCGGUGCCAUCAACGUGGCAUUUAUCCAUUGGGGAACGAAGAAGAAACAGGAGCAACGAGAGAAGAUCCUGGCGCCUUAUGAGGGUGAUGAGAAGAGGGCAUGGCGAGAGUUGGGGGAUAAUCACCCAGAUUUUAAGUGGAUGUUCUAA